CAAAUAUAUAAUAGAACACAUCAUAUGAUUUUUUUGUUUAUUUUUUUUCUGGCAAAAAAAAAAUCAUAACCAUUGUGGAUGACCGUUACUAAACAACUAAAACGAAAACGUAGACGACGGCAAAAAAUAAAAGAAAAAAAGAUAAACCACAACGACAACAAUGAUUGGUGUCAGUGGUAGUCGCCAUAUUGGCCGUCGUAGAGGAUCAUCAGCAUCGAAUCAACAUAGGUUAUCGAUGAUUGAACCAGAUAUUUCUGGUGGUGGUGGUGGUGCUACAGAACCGGAUGAUAAUGAUGAAAAUGGUGAUGGCGUACAUCCAAGAAGAAGGCUCCAAAGCCAAGAUAGUUAUCGUGAUUCAAAGGAAACAUCAGAUACCGGUGGAACGGUUCGAAUUCGUAAACAAUCGACAAUUGAAUCAAAUCAAUCAGGUAGCAACAACAUUAAUAAUAAUAAUCGUCAGACCGCAUCGAAAUCACCGGCACCUAGUCAAACAAGACGACAAUCAUCACGAAUGUCAAUAUCGACUGGUGAAGGUAUACCACCUACACGUUUUCGACAACGUCGACGUGCUGUUGAAAUAUCUGAUCAACGAACCUGUGCAUUAUUGCACUCACGUUUAAAAGGAAUGAAGUUGGAAGAUAUUGCUUUACAAGCAUUAAGUGCUGAAGUAUCGAACGUUGGUGCUGUUAGUGGCGAAGGUGUUGGUGCCGGUGGUGAAGUUGAUCCAAGUGUUUAUAAUCGACAUCGUCGUUUAACAUCAUUAUAUAGUUCAUAUGGACCGGAAGCUGCAGCCAUCUUAGAAGCACAAAAAAUGGCAAGCAAACGUAAACCACCGGCUGGACAGCCCGGUACCAUCGGUAGUUCCGGUGGCACCGGUAAAGGUCCAUCAUCAUUGUUUAUAUUUUCUGAUGAUAAUUUUAUAAGAAGACAUACACGUUUCAUCAUCGAAUGGCCUGUGUUCGAAUAUGCUGUCCUACUCACCAUCAUUGCCAACUGUGUGGUGCUCGCUUUGGAAGAGCAUCUACCAGACAAAGAUCGUACGCCUUUAUCACUUAAAUUGGAAACAUCGGAGCCUUAUUUUUUAGGAAUUUUUUGUGUUGAAGCUACAUUGAAAAUUUUGGCUUUAGGUUUCAUUCUACAUAAAGGAUCAUAUCUUAGAAAUGUUUGGAAUAUAUUGGAUUUCAUAGUCGUAUUGACUGGUAUCGCAAACAAAGUAAUCGAAGGAAGUGAAUUUAAAAACAUCGAUUUUCGUAUGUUGCGUUCGUUUCGUGUAUUGCGUCCAUUGAAAUUGGUAUCACGGACGCCAAGUUUACAAGUGGUUUUAAAAUCCAUAAUCAAAGCUAUGGCCCCAUUGUUACAGAUUGGUCUAUUGGUUUUAUUCGCCAUCGUUAUAUUUGCCAUAAUUGGUCUUGAUUUUUAUGAAGGAGCUUUACACAAAACUUGCUAUCUACUGCCAGAUAAAGUUGAUAUUGAAAAAGAAGGUGGUGAACAAGAAACACCAUGUACGAUGUUAACUGAUCCGGAUAAAACACCUAAAGGUGCCUAUGUUUGUCCAAAUUCUUCUGUUUGCCGUGAAGGCUGGGAAGGUCCCAAUUAUGGCAUCACUAGCUUUGAUAAUAUAUUUUUUGCCAUGUUGACCGUUUUCCAGUGCAUCACUAUGGAAGGUUGGACAGCAAUUCUUUAUUGGACAAAUGAUGCACUUGGCAGCACAUACAAUUGGAUAUAUUUUGUUCCAUUGAUCAUAUUGGGAUCAUUCUUUAUGCUCAAUUUGGUUCUUGGUGUUUUGAGCGGAGAAUUUGCAAAAGAAAGAGAACGGGUAGAGAAUCGUCAAGCAUUUUUAAAGCUUCGACGACAACAACAAUUGGAACGAGAAUUAAAUGGCUAUGUUGAAUGGAUUUGUAAAGCAGAAGAGGUUAUACUGGCUGAAGAACGUACAACCGAAGAAGAGAAGAUGCACAUUAUGGAAGCAAGACGUCGUGCAGCUGCCAAACGUAAAAAAUUAAAAAAUAUGCACAGUAAAAGUACAGAUGAAGAAGACGAGGAUGAAGAUGAAGAAGAUGAAGCCGUAGUGCCUUCAAAAGUGAUGAAAGGAUUCUCACGAGCCACUUAUCUACAUUCAAAAAUUAAAAACAAAGGAGCUUGUAAAGCCUUCUGGCGACAUGAAAAACGUUUUCGAUUGGCUGUUCGUCGUGGCAUCAAAACUCAAGCAUUCUAUUGGUUCGUUAUAUUGCUCGUUUUUCUCAACACUGCCUGUGUUGCCGUCGAACAUAAAGGCCAACCAGAAUUUUUGACCCAAUUUCUAUAUAUUGCCGAAUUUGUUUUUCUUGGUUUAUUCAACUGUGAAAUGUUGAUAAAAAUGUAUGCACUUGGUUUGAAGGAAUAUUUUUCAUCUGCAUUCAAUCGUUUUGAUUGUAUGGUCAUUAUUGGUUCAAUAUUCGAAGUGAUAUGGUCCGAAUUUAAAGGUGGUUCAUUUGGUUUCUCUGUUUUGCGUGCACUUCGUUUGUUACGUAUAUUCAAGGUUACCAAAUAUUGGUCAUCAUUACGAAAUUUGGUCAUCUCAUUACUUGCCUCAAUGCGUUCCAUUAUAUCAUUGCUUUUUCUAUUGUUUUUAUUCAUUUUAAUAUUUGCCUUACUUGGCAUGCAAUUGUUUGGUGGUGCAUUCAAUUUCGAGGAUGAAACACCGGCUGCCAAUUUUAAUACAUUUGCCAUUGCACUAUUGACCGUAUUUCAAAUAUUGACCGGUGAAGAUUGGAAUGAAGUAAUGUACAAAGCAAUUGAAUCACAAGGCGGUAUACAUCAUGGUGGAAUGAUUUACAGUGUCUAUUUUAUUAUUCUUGUAUUGUUUGGCAAUUAUACAUUAUUAAAUGUCUUUUUGGCUAUCGCUGUGGAUAAUUUGGCCAAUGCACAAGAAUUGACAGCAGCCGAAGAAGAAGAAGCUGAAGUGGACCGUGAACGAGAAAAUCAAGAAUUGGAUAUAAUAAAAUCAAAAGAUGAUGUACCGGCUGUUAAUAUUUGUCCACCGUCACCACUUGGUGGUGGCGCUGGUAAAUCUGGUAGCCGUAAUGAUUUAGCUAAAAUUGAAUAUGAAUUAGUUAAAGUUAAAAAGAAAGACGAUGAUGAUCUAUUCGAAGAGGAAGAGGAACCUUCCGGCCCGAAACCAAUGCUUCCAUAUUCUUCCAUGUUUAUAUUUUCAUCUUCAAAUCCAAUACGUGUAUUUUGCCAUUUUGUUACAAAUAUGAAAUAUUUUGAUGCUUUUAUUAUGGUUAUUAUAACAUUAAGUAGUGUUGCAUUGGCUGCUGAAGAUCCAGUGGAUGAAAAUGCUUACAUUAAUAGUAUUCUUAUCUAUUUUGAUUAUGCAUUCACUGGUGUUUUUGCCAUCGAAAUGCUUUUGAAAGUAAUAGAUCAAGGAAUCUUUCUACAUCCUGGAUCGUAUUGUCGAGAUUUUUGGAAUAUUCUCGAUUCUAUUGUCGUUAUUUGUGCACUUUGUGCGAUUGCUUUUACAUAUCUCGGUGAUGCAAGCCCCGGCACAAAAGGUGCUGCAUCCAGUCUCAGUGUAAUCAAAUCAUUGAGAGUAUUGCGUGUACUACGUCCAUUGAAAACGAUCAAACGUGUACCAAAACUAAAAGCCGUAUUCGAUUGUGUCAUUACAUCGUUGAAAAAUGUCUUUAACAUCCUUAUAGUUUAUAUGCUCUUUCAAUUUAUUUUCGCUGUGAUAGCUGUACAAUUAUUCAACGGUCGUUUCCAUUAUUGUACAGAUGAAUCGAAAUUAUUUGAAGAAGAAUGCCAUGGUGAAUUUUUCAUCUUUAGCUCAUCACAUGAACCACCACAAGUUAAAAAACGGGUUUGGGAUCGUAGACAAUUUCAUUAUGAUAAUGUUAUUGCUGCAAUGCUGACAUUGUUCACCGUACAAACUGGUGAAGGAUGGCCCACUGUUUUACAACAUUCAAUGGAUGCCGUAUACGAAGAUCAUGGUCCAUUGCCUCGUUUUCGUAUUGAAAUGUCACUGUUUUAUGUCAUAUUCUUUAUUGUCUUUCCAUUUUUCUUUGUCAAUAUUUUCGUGGCCUUAAUCAUUAUCACCUUUCAAGAACAAGGUGAAAAAGAGCUUGAAGAAGGCGAACUAGAUAAGAAUCAAAAAUCAUGUAUUGAUUUUGCUAUACAAGCCAAACCAUUACAGCGAUAUAUGCCAAAAGAUAAAGAUUCAUUAAAAUAUAAAAUAUGGCGUGUAGUUGUGUCGACAGCAUUCGAAUAUUUUAUUAUGGUUUUGAUUGUAUUGAAUACAAUAUUACUCAUGAUGAAGUAUUAUAAACAAAGUAAUGAAUACAAGUUAACAUUACAAUAUACAAAUGCCACAUUCACUGCCUUAUUCACCUUGGAAUGUAUGUUAAAGAUAACCGCUUUUGGCUGUAGGAAUUUUUUCAAAGAUUCAUGGAAUACAUUUGAUUUCAUUACCGUUUGUGGAAGUGUUGUCGAUGCAUUGGUCAUGGAGAUAACAUUUAGUGCUGUCAAUAGCAAGGAUUUUAAUUUCAUAUCUGUCGGUUUUUUACGACUAUUUCGUGCUGCACGUUUAAUUAAAUUAUUACGACAAGGUUAUACGAUUCGUAUAUUGCUUUGGACAUUUAUACAAUCAUUCAAGGCCUUGCCAUAUGUUUGUCUAUUGAUUGCCAUGUUAUUCUUCAUCUAUGCCAUUAUUGGCAUGCAGGUUUUCGGUAAUAUAGCCAUCGGUACUGAAUUCAACCCUGAUUCUAGUUUAACUCGUCACAACAAUUUUCGUACAUUCAUUCAAGGAUUAAUGUUGCUCUUCAGAUGCGCAACUGGUGAAUCAUGGCAAGCAAUCAUGUUAUCUUGUCGAUCUGGUCGCCCAUGUGAUCCAAAAGCUAGACAAAAUGAAUCACAAAAGGAUAGCUGUGGAUCCGAUCUGGCCUAUUCAUAUUUUGUGACAUUCAUCUUUUUCUGCUCAUUUUUGAUGUUAAACUUGUUCGUUGCUGUCAUUAUGGAUAAUUUUGAUUACUUAACACGUGAUUCAUCAAUUUUGGGCGCACAUCAUUUAGAUGAAUUUAUUCGUGUUUGGGCUGAAUAUGAUCCAAACGCUACUGGUUAUAUCCAUUAUUCUGAAAUGUAUGAUAUGUUACGUAAUAUGGAUCCACCGUUAGGUUUUGGUAAUAAAUGUCCAUAUCGUUUGGCAUAUAAAAAAUUGAUACGAAUGAAUAUGCCUGUAACUGAAGAUGGCAAAGUGAAUUUUACGACAACAUUGUUUGCACUUAUACGUGAAAAUUUAAGUAUUAAAAUGCGUCCAGCCGAAGAAAUGGAUCAAGCUGAUAAAGAAUUGAGACAUACAUUGGUCAAAUUAUGGCCAUUACAAGCGAAAAAAAUUAUCGAUAAAUUAGUACCACCAAAUUAUGAACUUCGUAAUGGUCGUUUAACAGUUGGUAAAAUUUAUGCUGGAUUUCUGAUAUUAGAAAAUUGGAAGACAACUAGAUUCGGACAGAUACCUGGUGUUGGACUUACGGAAUUUGAAUUGGUUCCAAGGUAUCAUCGACAAGCAUCUUUACAAUUAAGUAAUGAACAGAGCGAUAUGCAGAGUAAAAAAGAUUAUCUUUGUAUCAAUGAAAAAAACGAUGGUGGUGGAAAUAAAGCACGACGAUCAAGUUCAAUUGUUCAUGCUAUUGUUCAUGAUAGACUAUCACAACGGCAAGAUCUAGUAGUAGUUAAUCAACAACCAUCAUUUCUGAUGGUUACUGGUGGUGGUGGUAAACACUCAAACAAGAAGAAACAAUCACCAACUUCUUCACAAAUAUCGGUAUCAACAUCAUCAUCAUUACGAGGCAGACCAUUAUCACAAUUGACGAUUAAAUCAUCAACGAAUUCAAUUGACGAUUCUAGUCAUACUCAAUUACAACAGAAGCGUCUACAACGUUCUUGUUCGACUAAUUUCCCGAACAAAUCAUCAUCAUCCAAACAGAUAUGUGAAGAUGGAAAACAAUGUGAUGUCAUUCUAAUGCGAACAUUUAGUGCAAAAUGUGGCAAGAAUAACGAUCAACCACAACAAUAUUCAAAUGAUGAUAAUGAUACAAAGAAGAAGAAUCAUCGAAAAACAAGGCGUCAAAGACACGGUGGCAAUUCUUCAUUAAAAAAAAUGAAAAACAUAGAUAAUUCGACGACAAUAUCGACGACGACGACGACUACAAGUAGUAGCAAAACUAGUUGUGAUGAUGAGGAUGAUAAAAAUAUCGAAGAGGCUGGUGUUGUUAGUGCAUUAGCACAUCUUUCCACACAUUUACAUCCAGAUUCGAAUCGUAGAUCAUCAUUUCGGCGGCGUCGAUCACGUUCACGUUCACCAUCGGUACAUCCACAACGUCCAGCAUCACCAUCGACUACUGCAGCUUAUACUGAAGAUGAAACCACAAAAUCAUCACAACCACAACCGAUCUCCAGUAUUAGUAAAAGUGAUGCAGGCGAAACAACAGUUACAACGACUGCAGCAGCAACAACUGCCGGUAUCAGUGGUGGCACUAUUAGUGAUGCACCACCUGUUUGUGACGUUUAUUCUGCUUCUGCUGCUGCUGAUCAAUCUAAUGAUGGUGAACCCAAAUCACCUUCUAAACCACCAGAUUCACUUGGUUUUGCUGAUACUGUUACGGAUUUGGUUGGAAUUGUCAAAUAUGAAACAUCGAGAAAAGGUCGAGCUAAAUCCAAAAUCCGUUCUACAAAUGAAGAUUUCAGUUCACCAACGGUUCCAGCUGGUGGUUUAGUCCGCCAUGGAAGUCAUCGUCGUCCAUCUUAUCGUUAUCGUGAACCAUGGCGUGGUCCAAGACCAGAAGAUCAAGGUCCUAGUGAACCAUUGUUUCAUUAUCCACAUUCGAAACAAUAUUAUAUGCAACGAUUACGACAAGCUCAAGAAAAUGAUGAAUUUGGUCAACAUAGCCCAUCUAGUUCAAUGGAAUAUCGUUCACAUAGUUCUCGUAUGGAUUUAGAUCGUCCUAGUCGAAGUCCUAGUCCACAUCCUUUGGAUCAAACAAAAACUGAGUAUUAUGGAACUACAAAACUUGAACAACGAUCACGUUCGCCAAGUCCAACAUCACAAGCUCAACAAUCAUCAUCGAUUCCAUUCCAACAGCUUCGCCGUUUUCCCAGUAGAUUUUUGAAUGGAGCUAAACGACGAUUGUUGCCCACAACACCAGGAAAUUUGCCAAAAAGUUUAGAUCCAUCUGCUCAAAUCAAUUUUCCAUUGGUUUCACAUUCACCAACGAUACCUAGUCGAACGCCUGCAACAAUAAAUUUUCCAAAACUCAAUGCUUCACCAACACAUUUUUCAAAAACUACGGGAGCUUUUCUUUUGGAUCCGGAUCAACAACAACAAAUGGCCAUACAAGCAAUGAUGAUGGAUCCAUCACAACAACAAAUGCAACAGCAACAUUCUAUUGAUCCAUAUCAAAUGGGCCAACAACAAAUUUCUUUGGAUCAACAACAACAACAACAACAACAACAAUUCGUCCAACAACAACCACAGCAGACUGAACAACAACAACAAACACAAUCGAUUGGAGCUAGUAUUUCAUCAUUGUUAGCACCGUUUCGGAUGUUUGGUAGCCGAACCAGUGGUUUACAACGACAACAACAACAACAACAGCAGCAAAGCAGUCAGCAACAAGCUGUUGUUGGUCCAAUUACCCAACAACCUCAACAAUUUCCUGUUAUUCAACACACUCAACAACAACAACAACAGCCAAUGUUGAAUCCGAUUCCUGCCCCAACCGUUAUGCUUAAACGUGGUCUUCCACAACCACCUGGAUCCAGUUUAUUAUCACAACAGUCUGCAUUACAAACAUGGCCAGAAGAAGAUACAACAACAAUCACUGCCACAAUUCAUCAUGGUCAUCAUCAAUCACAGCAUACGAUUGAACCACAGCCAAGUAGCUCAUAUCAAUCCAAUUAUACGGAUGAGAAUCUUCUUGGUACUGGCAGUAGUUCAGCAAGAAUGUUACCAUCUACAACAGCACAAUCUCAGCCACAAUCAUCACAGCCAACUGGUACAUCAGGAAUUCAUUUAAUGAUGCUUGAACAGCAAAGACGUCGAAAUCGUAUGAAACAUUUCCGUUCAUCUACUUGGGCUGAUGAUCAUCAUCAUAAUCAAUAUGGUCAACAAUUUCAAACAGAAGAUAGCUAUGGUAUGACUGUUCCACCAUCUGGUGGACUUCGUCGCCGUCAACAGCCAAUGAUACCGCCACAUAUCAAACGUCCAUCAAGUGCCGGUGUGUUGAUGUCAUCAGCAUCUACAAUGACCAAACCACGACGUAAAUUAUUUAUGCCAGCUUCGUCGACAUCAUCAUGGCCACAUCAACAACAAUCAUCGGUAACUAGCCGCCGAAUUACACCACCAAUACCUCGUGCUCGUCGUCGUAUACCAUUGCAUCAAUUAUCAUUUCAUUCAGAUGGUGCUGUCACUGGUGGUGGUAGAUCAUCCGAUCAUUAUCAUCGUUCAUCUCAUCAUCAUUUGACCUCAAGUCUACGAGAUUCUUAUGCUAUAGAUGAUGACGGUGAUGAUGAUAAUAAUGAUGAUGAUGACGACGACGACGAUGAUGAUGAUUGGUGUUGAUCGUAACUAAAAGAAUCUUUCAAAUUCUGUUUGGGAUUCAUUGAUACAGAAUCCAAUCAAACUAGCCAAAUAUAACGAAAAAAAACUAGGUUUACAAAUGAUAAAAUAUACUUUACUUUGAAAACAAAUACAAAUCAUAUAUGGAUGUAAAAUCAACCUAAAAUUUUUUUCUAUAAAUUUCAUCAUCAUCAUCAUCAUCGAUGAUUCACAUAUGGAUGUUUCAGAUGAAUUUUUUUUUCUUCAGAAUUUCUUCACUCUUUGACGAUGAUUUUUAUUUCGGUGUCAUUUUUCUUUUUUUGAUAUAUGAACAUUUUUUUUUGUAUCGUGUGAUUACACACUUUAUAUACUACUUAAUUAAUUAUCACAAUUUUUUCUUCUUGUUGAUAAUUGUCAUAUAUAUGGUCAUUAUGAAACUUGUUUUACUUGUUUUUGCUGUUGUUGUUGUUGUUAACUCUUUCUCUCUCACUUCCCUUUGUGUUUCUAAAGAAUCA